UUUCAAAAUGGCUGACAAAUUAUUUUAAUGUGAAAAAACUUCCUAAAAUUGAGUGAUAUCUCCUAUAUAUCUGGCGGAUUUAGAACACCAACGUCAUAUAUUGUUUUCUUGGAUCGAGUGGAAUAUAAGAAGGUCAAAUCCACAUGCAAUUACUCUUCUGUACUUGCGCACAGAGGUUGUAGCCAUGUGUGCAAGCCGACUGCCAAGUAUUGCUAAUCGAAAUAAAUGCUUGAGACUACUGCAGAUGGGGUGUUACAUAACUGAAACCAUAGACAAUCCAGGCACUUAUGGCUGUGGGCCUUGUGGAACUGCUAUGAAAAAUAACCUCAAAGUAGACUAUCAAAAGGAGAUGGUAACAAGACAGGACAAUGUCUUUCCUGUGAUGCCAGCUGAAUGCGAUGACAGGAGUUCCCUCUCAGCGCUGCUCCGAGCUUACAGCCACCUCCUCCAGCUGUUCCCUGGCAUGUCGCCUCUGGGUAUUCUAUGCCAAGCGACCGAAAAACAACACAAUUUACAGCCAGUCGACAAAAUCGGUGGUAAUGAUCUAUUUAAAAGUUUGAAAUUUCACGAAGUGUUUCAUUUCUAUCACUUUGUGACCCCCAGUUCAUCAAAGAAGUGGUGCGACUUCUGGCAAAGGUCGCGACUUGACUGGUUUAAAAAGUUUUCGAAUGCACCAUCAUCAUUUACAAUAACAGAUGAGGAGGAAAUAACUAAAGGUGCUAAUGAAAAUGGUUCCCAGCAAGAAUUACAUGUGAAAUUCUCAUCGCCGUGGGAACAAGAGACAAUUGAAACUAUAACUAACUAUAAUGAAGAUUACAUGAAAGAUUUAGAAUCCAAAGUUGGAAUAAAACUGCAGGUUGAAGCUGGUCAGAAGUCUUUUUAUCCCCACGUUAUAAAAAUCGCAACCUCCAUCGACAAAGCACUGCUUGCAUUCCUCUAUGAUGCAUUUACAGAAAAGAUUGAUCACGGCAAUGUAAAACAGGUGCUUACUUUACAUCCAAAACUUUCUCCUUAUAUGGUGGCCAUUGUGAUGUCACAGCCUUCAGAUGACCUCAGAAUCGUGGCCGAUUUUCUCGUGAAAGAAUUCCGCCAGGUGGGGCUGAUGACCCUCAACUAUAAACAUCCAACUUCUGACAUUGAUGCUCAAAUUAAAAGUUAUGAUGAGAUUGGUAUUCCUUACACUCUUCUGCUUGAUGUAAAGACAUUAGAUGUUGGCGUAUCACAGCUGAGGAGUCGUGACACAACUAUCAGUGAACCAGUUCAUGUAACUGAGGUCAAGGAGAAAUUGUUGCAGAGAUGUGGUGCUUCCUAGUGGAGAGUGCAUUGACUUUUCAAAUACUGAGACAAGUGUAUUUGACUGUUGCUAGGGAACGAGUGAAUACUAUAUUCUAUGUGGACUAAUGAAAGAGGGCUAUGCAGCAAAAAAUACAUUAAGAAUGUUUAUGUACAUUUUGAGAUGAUUUUCUUCCACUAAUUUGUCUCACCUGUGAUUUUGAUGUGAUUUAUUGCAAAAUCUCAAUGAAGACUUGGCAUCUGAUUAAUUACUUUUAUCAUUGCUAGGUUCAGCAUGUUGAAGAGUGAUCAAGAAAAACCUUAUUUACCUGGACCAAAUCAAGAUAUCAGUCAGUUGAGCAUGGUAUUAUUAAAUAA